AUGAGAGAUGCUAACAUCGUAACUCCCUACAAAAAUAAGGGUGACCGCAGCGACUGCAACAACUAUCGAGGCAUAUCGCUGCUCAGCAUUGUCGAAAAACUGUCCGCUCGCAUUAUCCUAACAAGACUACAGCAACUGGCCGAGAGAAUAUAUCGAGAGUCUCAAUGCGGUUUCUGUGCCAAGAGGUGUACUGUAGACAUAAUAUUCUCCCUACGCCAACUCCAAGAGAAAUCCCGAGAACAGAACCAACCCAUGUACACCGCUUUCAUUGAAUUAACAAAGAUGUUUGACCUUUAUCUAUGCUCUACCAACUCCAACAUACUUUCACUUGAUGUAGAAAUCAACAAAAGAAUCGGAAAAGCAUCCACAACCCUCUUAAAGCUCACCAAAAGAGACUUGGAAAACAAACACCUGACCACAGCGACAAAAAUGAAGGACUACAAAGCCUGUGUCAUCAGUACCCUACACUACGGCAGUGAAUCUUGGACAACACAUACAGCACAAGAAAGAAAACUUGAGGUAUUUCAACUUUGUUGCCUGAGCAAAGUACUAGGCAACACUUGGAAAGACAAGGUGACCGCCAAUGCCGCCUACGCUGGCUCAGUCAAGCCCACAGAAUGGAUGGUGGACGCAUACCAAAGGACCUACCGUACGGGGAACUUGCCACAGGAGCAAGGAGUAGAGGGCGGUCACACACCUUCGGUUCUAGGGCGUCUGCAAGAGAGACCUAAACGGAUAUAG